AAACGGGUCGCGGGCAUAUGGAACCCUGGGUUUCCUCUGUCAAAAGAGGAGCUGCUGCCCAGCCCCCUUCAUUUCUUCCCCUCCCUGUCUCUUCCAGCGCUGACGCCGGCGUCGGUGGCGUCCCCCUCCAUCAGCACCGUUUCCGCGUGCUCUCUGUCACCGUGAGCCCAGCCCUGUCGUCACUACCAUCUGCUUCCCUCCAUCUCCACGGGGAGCUCCACCAUUCCUCUGUUCCGGCGAAUCUCCGUCUCCCUCCUUCCGAUCUCAGGGCCCUCCCCCGCUGCCACCAGAAUCACCAUAGCAAGCCAUCAGCUCUCCUUGUUCUCUUUCCCGGCGGAGCCACCGCCACAAACUACCAUAGCCUCAAACGUAGCCUUCGUCUUCUCCUCCCUGUUGUCCGGCGAGCACCACCUCCGACACCUCGACCACUGCCUUGCACCGCAAGUUAGCGGGUGCAGGUACCUAUCUCUCAUCGGUGCACCUAACCGGUGAAAUAAUUUCUCUCUUUUGUGCUGCUUGGAUUCCAAACAGAGCACAAGCAAGCACUCUCUCGAAGAGCAGCAGCGCCACUGUCAAAGGUAUCUUCCCACCGUCGGCGACAUCACAGCUGCUCAUCCAUCGUCCUCAAUGUUCAACAACAGCAUAUCGAUUUCUGUCUCCGACGAGGACUCCGACGAACUUGCUGGGAGAAUGAGACCUCGGGUCCGUAGGAAGCGGAAGAAAUUGGGAUUUCGAGGCAAGAACGAUUUUGCUAAGCGAUUUCUCCGGAAGCUACUGCGGUGGUGGCCGGUCUUGCUCUUUCUUCCCGCCGCUGGACUGCUCUUGUUCGAGGCCUCGAGAAUCGGCCGGAAACCUAGUCCAGCUGUCGACGCGGGACUCGCUUCUCAGAAGAAACCUGGACCGCCUGUGGAAAAGAGAUUGCAAGGUAAUUUGAAUCGCCUCGAUCCGACCACUCGGAUCGUCGGUGGCGUGAGAGAACGUUGCUUGAAGCUACUACCUCCUGAAGAACUUGAGCACUUGGAUAUUCCUUUGGACAAAGAACUCACUAGUCCUGUUAUGAAAGUGGUCUACAUAUCGGAUAAUGAUAAACCUUAUGUAGAAGGGAAUGUUACCAAUUCUGAACAUCAUAUGGAAGGCACAAGAUUUAACUUGUUUACAGGAUAUCAAACUCUAGAGGAGAGAGAGAAAAGUUUCAAGGUAAGUAAAACAGCCUUACUACAUUGUGGUUUCUACAGUGAGAAUGGAGGGUUCAAGAUUUCCGAUGAGGACAAAAGUUACCUGCAAACUUGUAAAAUUGCAUUGUCUACUUGUGCAUUUGGCGGUGGUGAUGAUUUGUAUCAACCAAUUGGAAUGUCAGAAUCUUCACUUAGAAAGGUUUGCUAUGUGGCAUUUUGGGAUGAAGUUACUCUUGCUGCACAAGAGGCAGAGGGACAUAAAAUUGGUGAGAACCAAUUUAUUGGGAAAUGGCGCAUUGUCAUUGUUAGGAAUCUCCCUUUCAGUGAUCAGAGGUUGAAUGGUAAAAUCCCUAAGAUGCUGAGUCAUCGCCUGUUUCCUCAUGCAAGAUAUUCUAUUUGGGUAGAUUCGAAGUCUCAAUUUAGAAGGGACCCCUUAGGUGUUUUGGAUGCCCUUCUUUGGCGGUCAAAUUCUGUGAUUGCAAUUUCAGAACAUGGAGCUAGGAGUAGUGUGUAUGAUGAGGCAAAGGCCAUUGUCAAGAAACACAAAGCCACCCCAGAAGAAGUUGAGGUGCAGUUGACUCAGUAUCGCCGUGAUGGCCUCCCUGAAGACAAAAGAUUUAAUGGGAAGAAGGCUCUAGCUGAAGCGUCUGUGAUUGUGAGGGAGCAUACACCAUUGACGAAUAUGUUAAUGUGCCUAUGGUUCAAUGAAGUAGUGCGGUUCACUUCUCGGGAUCAGCUGAGCUUCCCAUAUGUGCUCUGGCGGCUGAAAGUGUUAAAGGACAUCAACAUGUUUCCUGUGUGCACCCGCAAGGAUCUGGUUAAUAGCAUGGGGCAUAUACGCAAAGCUAAGCCUCUAACAAGUUGAUACUAUUUCUAGGUGCUCCUGUACACCUUUGCAAUUAUUGGAGGUGAAAGUGAAAGGGGCAGCGAAUAGCCAUGUUCCCUGAAUUUAUCUGGAAUUGUUGUUUCAGAUAUUGUGGCUCAUUCAUUCCUAUGACAGCAGAAUUUUACGUGUUAGCAUUUUCGGUGAAAUGUUAUUUAUUUAUUUAUUAAAUAUUAUUGAGGCCAGAAUAUUUUAGUUGGUCUUUCUCAUAUGUAUUUGCAUAGGACCGUAUCCUAUCCUUUGUUGGAUUUUUAAGGGUUAGCACCGUAGUAGAUGUAUGUUCCAUCACAAAAACACAUUAGAAGAAUAAGAAUAGCCCUUCUUCCCCCAAAUCCCGUCCCUUGAUUCUUCUGGCUAACGUGAGCACAGACCCCCUCCGUCGCCAUUCGCCACUGCGCCAUUGUGGAAUAUUAGGUUGCUUUUGGCAGUGUUUUGUAUUUGAUUGAUACUACGAACUUAAAGCCAUCUAGAGGAGUGGGUGCAGGUUUUGCUUCCAUGUCCGUGUAAUGGCUUUAUGUGGGUGGUAGCAUGCCAGUACUGGUGGAAGUUAUUAAUGGUUAAAAAGUUGCUGUGUGAUUACAAGGAUGGUUUAUGUAAUAUGUUUGUUGUGCAAAUUGAAUAUAUGGUGUCAAAGUUGUAGGCUUCUAGCAACAGGACAUGGUUGGGAAACGAUUGCGAAAGUUCUUUUU